CGUGAUUCCAGUCUCAAUUUAUUGCCUAAUAUGAACCAGCGUCGAUACCUCAAAUCAUGCAACUGCCUUUGUAUUUGUCAUUCUGUCCCGCACUCGGGAACGCAGGUAGUGUUCCAGUCGGCCGUUAGCUGGGUUCUGUCCCUAGCCACGCUACUACGAACGCUCCCACCGUUCCUCGUCGUACCUACCGAGCCAAGGACGUCGUUACCCUACUGUUCGUUCCGUCGCCGUCGACUGGAGAGACGUAAGGGCCCUGGACACUCACGACCUGGAGCCGCCAGGAUGGAAGGCACAGGACUUCCACGAAUUGAUGUGAGGUGACGAAGAGAAGAGGUGUCACCAAGAUGAAGACCAGAUUGUAUUCCGUAGUUAAGUAGCCC